UAUAUAUAGUGUUCCGAGGUAGGAAGUCGGCGUGUACUUACAAUAGCUCACACUACAAACGUGGAAACAUGAAGGUCUUCGUGCUCCUGGCUCUGGUAGGCGCCGCGUGCGCAUUGCCCCUGGACGCCCCGCAGCCCGUCGAGGACACGGCCGAGGUGGCGCAGGCGAAGGCCGACUUCCAGGCGGCCUACGACGCCGCCGCCGCUGCCGCCGCCGCCGGCGCCGUCCCCGAGGUGGUGGUGCCCGAGGGCGCCCCGGCAGCCGUCGACGACACCGCGGAGGUCGCCGCCGCCAAGGCCGCCUUCCAGGCCGAGUUCGAGCGCGCCGCCGCCGCCGCCGAGGCCGCCCCCGACUUCGACCUGGACGGCGCCAUCUCCACCUACAGCGGACAGCUCUCCACCAUCAACGGCAGGCUGUCGCCCUUCUUCACCAACACCUACCCCUACGGAGCCUUCGGCCUCCACGCCCCCGUGCUCGCUGGCGCCCCUGUCGUCGCUGGCGCCCCCGUGGUGUCCGGCGCCCCCCUCGCCUACAGCGGCUUCCACGGUCUCCACGGCGCCCCCCUCGCCUACAGCGGCCUCCACGGCUUCCCCGCCGCCUACGGCUUCCCCGGCGUCGUCGGGUCCCCCUUCGUGCAGGUCGUCAAGGCCGAGUAGACUGGCGGCGCCUCCCCGUGUGAGAGUUUUGUACAGUGCAUGCGACGCGUCUUUCAAUUUCUCAACCUUUCAAUGCGUCUCUUGCUGUACUUCCCUGUGCACAUAUUGUACACAGCAUUUCAUGUCCUCGAGAAAAGAAAAGAAAAAUGUAUCAGACUAUCAAAGAUAAAUCGAUAAACCCUGAA